CGGCUCGCGGCGGGCGGGCGACGGGACCAUGGCGGCGGCGGCGGCGGCGGCGUGGGGCCGGGCGCUGGUCGCCCUCAGCCGGCGGAGCCCCUGGGGCCGGGGCGGCGCCCCCCCGCGGCAGCCCCCCGCGCGCCCGGCCGGCGGCGGGCCCCGGGAGCGGGCGGGCGCCGCCCUGCGGGCCGCGGGCUACCAGGAGCUGCGGGAGCGGGCGGCCCGGGAGCCCGCCGCCUUCUGGGGGGCGCUGGCCCGGGAGGGGCUGCGCUGGGACAGCCCGUACCACACGGCCUGCGACAGCCCGCUCGGCCGGGGCCGGGGCCGGGGCCGGUGGUUCCUCGGCGGCCGCCUCAACGUGUCCGUAAACUGCUUAGACCAACAUGUCCAUCGGUUUCCAGACAGAGUGGCUUUGAUCUGGGAGAAAGAUGAGCCUGGCACUGAAGUGAAAAUCACAUACAGGGAACUUCUGGACAUGACCUGCCGUCUUGCCAACACACUGAAGAAAUAUGGAGUACAAAAAGGAGACAGGGUUGCAAUCUAUAUGCCUGCGACUCCACUGGCUGUGGCUGCCAUGUUGGCUUGUGCCAGAAUUGGUGCUGUUCAUACAGUGGUCUUUGCUGGAUUCAGUGCAGAAUCUUUAGCUGGGAGGAUCAUUGAUUCUGGCUGCAAAGCUGUCAUUACCUACAACCAGGGAAUCAGGGGAGGACGAGUUGUAGAGCUGAAGAAGACUGUGGAUGAAGCUGUAAAGAAUUGUCCAAGUGUCAAGCAUGUCUUUGUGGCUCAGAGAACAGACAACAAAGUACACAUGGGUAAUCGUGACGUUCCUCUUGAAGAAGAGAUGGCCAAGGAGGCUCCUGUGUGUGCUCCUGAAAGCAUGGACAGUGAAGACAUGCUGUUCAUGCUUUACACCUCUGGGAGCACAGGAAAACCUAAAGGGAUUGUUCACACUCAGGCUGGGUAUCUGCUUUAUGCUGCUGUGACACACAAGCAUGUGUUUGACUACCAGCAAGGUGAUGUUUUUGGUUGUGUGGCUGAUAUUGGCUGGAUCACAGGACAUAGCUAUGUUGUAUAUGGACCACUCUGUAAUGGAGGCACCUCUGUCCUGUUUGAAAGCACUCCACUGUAUCCUGACCCAGGUCGUUAUUGGGAAACUGUACAGAGGUUAAAAAUUAAUCAGUUUUACGGUGCACCUACUGCUGUACGCCUGCUGCUGAAGUAUGGAGAUAAGUGGGUGAAGAAGUAUGACAGAUCUUCCUUAAAAACCCUGGGAUCAGUGGGAGAACCAAUUAACCAUGAAGCUUGGCAAUGGUUCUACAAUGUAGUGGGAGACAGCCGGUGCACUCUUGUUGACACCUGGUGGCAAACAGAAACGGGUGGCAUCUGCAUUGCUCCCCGGCCCUCGGAGGAAGGAGCUGACAUCAUUCCUGCUAUGGCAAUGAGACCAUUCUUUGGGAUUAUACCGGCACUGAUGGAUGAGAACGGAAGAGUUAUAGAAGGAAAUGAUGUCUCUGGUGCUCUGUGCAUUGCACAGCCCUGGCCUGGCCUGGCGAGAACCAUCUAUGGAGAUGAUCAGAGAUUUAUAGAUACUUAUUUCAAAAAGUAUCCAGGUUAUUAUUUCACCGGGGAUGGUGCCUAUAGAUCCUCAGAGGGGUAUUACCAAAUAACAGGGCGGAUGGAUGAUGUCAUAAAUAUCAGCGGUCACAGGCUUGGAACUGCAGAGAUUGAAGAUGCCAUGGAUGAACAUCCGGCUGUGCCUGAAACAGCUGUGAUUGGUUAUCCCCAUGAGAUCAAAGGAGAAGGUGCCUUUGCUUUCAUAGUGUUAAAAGAGAACACAGCUCAUACAGAACGUGUUAAAGAAGAACUCAGAUCUAUAGUUGCUUCCAAGAUCGCAAAGUAUGCUGUGCCUGAUCACGUUCUGGUUGUGAAACGCCUUCCUAAAACGCGAUCUGGGAAAAUUAUGAGAAGGGUACUGAAGAAAAUAGUCACUGACCAAUCCAAUGAUUUGGGAGAUAUCACCACGCUGGAUGAUCCAAGCGUCGUCACAGAAAUACUAGAUGCCUACCAGAAAUACAAAACCGAGCAGUUUGCAUCUUCAUAGGAAGGUCUUGAGUCUCUUUCCAAAAGAAAUUCAGAGAAACAAACAACCAUCCAAAUAACUUUGCUCUUUAAUGGACUAUCAUCAAAUUCUGCUCACUCCUAAGAGAACAAAAUGAUGAUUCCUCUCACAACAUACUCUAUAAUCUAUCAUAGACCAUGGUAUACAGCUGCCUUCUCUUUCCUUGGAAACCAUGGAAUACACACUGUGAAGCAUCAUAUUUUAAGAACCUUCUGAACAAGUGCCUGACUGAAUUUGCCAAAACUAAGUGUGUUCACACUAUUUUUAGGGAAAAUGUAUAGCAGCCUUUUUAGGUUUCCACUAGCUGCAUUAAAAAUAAACAGCUAGUAAAAUGUU